AGCUGGAAUAUUUGAACUAGUACAAGUCGUUGGAAAUGGGACAUAUGGGCAAGUCUAUAAGGGUCGCCAUGUGAAGACAGGACAGCUUGCAGCCAUCAAGGUGAUGAACGUGACCGAGGAUGAGGAAGAAGAAAUCAAACUGGAAAUUAACAUGCUGAAGAAGUAUUCCCAUCAUCGGAACAUUGCAACCUAUUAUGGUGCUUUUGUAAAGAAAAGUCCUGUGGGUCAGGAUGACCAGCUAUGGUUGGUAAUGGAAUAUUGUGGGGCUGGGUCUGUAACAGAUUUAGUGAAGAAGACAAAAGGGAAUUCUUUCAAGGAAGACUGGAUUGCAUACAUCUGCAGAGAGGUCCUUCGAGGUCUGUCACACUUGCAUGUUCACCACGUUAUCCACCGAGAUAUUAAAGGGCAGAAUGUGCUGCUAACAGAAAAUGCUGAAGUGAAAUUAGUUGAUUUUGGCGUCAGCGCUCAGCUGGACCGGACAAUUGGCAGGAGAAACACUUUUAUUGGGACCCCUUACUGGAUGGCACCUGAAGUCAUUGCUUGUGAUGAAAACCCAGAAUCGACAUAUGACUACAGAAGUGACUUGUGGUCGUUAGGCAUCACCGCAAUAGAAAUGGCCGAAGGGGCUCCCCCUUUGUGUGAUAUGCAUCCCAUGAGAGCUCUCUUUCUCAUUCCACGGAACCCCCCUCCUAAACUGAAAUCCAGGAAAUGGUCAAAAAAAUUUCUCAACUUUGUUGACAGUUGCUUGGUCAAAAAUUACAUGCAUCGCCCUGUGACAGAGACCUUGCUCAAACAUUCCUUCAUAAGAGACAUGCAAAAUGAACGGCAAGUGCGCAUCUUGCUGAAAGACCAUCUAGACAGGACCAGGAAGAAAAAGGGAGAAAAAGACGAAACAGAGUAUGAGUACAGUGGAAGUGAGGAGGAAGGGGACGAGUUGAAUGAAGAUGAAGGAGAACCAAGCUCCAUUGUGAACCUCCCUGGCGAAUCGACCCUGCGCCGCGAGUUCCUCAGACUCCAGCAGGAGAACAAAGGCCGUGCAGAUCCUCCCCGCCUGCAGCCGCCGCAACAUCAGCAACAGCAACAGCAACACCAGGAAAACUACAAAAGGCAGCUUUCGGAAGAGAGGCAGAAGCGCAUGGUGGAACAAAAGCUGCAGAGGAAGAAGUUGGAAGAUCAUCAGAAAAAGGAAGAGCUUUGGAAGCAUCUGGACCUUGAAAAGAGAUACCCGGAGAUCAAGGUGGCACAAGGCAACGCUGAGAAGGAUAAAGGCAGCAGACAAAAUCAGGAGGAGGCAUGGUGCAAAGGGGAGGGAGUCCAAAAACCAGAAACACAACAGAGAAAAGCAGAAGAAGUGGCUCAUGGAAAGAAGUUCCAUCGGACGCUUCCCAAAGAUCAAACACAACUCCUUUCUCUCCAGCAUGAUCACAAGCAGAGAAAUAAGGAGCUUCCUAAGAUCCUUAAUCUUUCAGAAGGCCUUCCAUCAAACUGUGUGAGCAAAGAGGCAGAGAAGAAGCAUAAGAAAAGGGAUGAUGUCCAGCCUGACGUCAGCUGGGCAGCUGGCCUCGGGCGGGAGGCCACCCCGCAUGGAAGGCUGGGCUCCGGCAGUAGUUCCAGUCCGUGUACACCAGCUUUACAACGAGCGGUGGUGGUCCAGAACGAAAACCUCCGAACGAGUCGGGACCUCUAUCACAGCAAUUCGUUGUCUGAUGUUGCUGUCGCACCCCUGAGUCCCAGCCAGGAUGAUGUUUUUUGGAGUCAGACUGAAGAGCAACCACCAAAGGUUCCUCAAAGGACAACAUCAACAUUUUACACCAGAGAUCAGUUUGGGCAUCAGAGUUUCCCUUCAAGCACACAACAGCCACCCCUGGGGGAUCCCAAAGCAAAAUCCAGUAACGGCUACAGCGGUUCCAGUGGCGACAAGCAAAAGGACCUCCUGUCCCAUCAGAACAGCCAGUUGAUCUCAGGAUCAUCCAGAACAGACAACAGACAUCACCAAUCCUAUAAGAAACCUGAAAAUACAUCUCGUUCAGGCCAUAUUUCAAGCCCAGCCUUGUGGGACAAGGAGAAAAACGGCAACCACUUGCUCCGGAAGUCUUUAGAAUAUUCCUCCUCCAGUGACGAAACCUGCAGCAGCGACGAGGAUGAUGGGGGUGACAGACACAUAAGGCAACUGCUCAGCAACGGCGCGACCGCAUUCUCAAGGGCAAGGGUUGCUGAUGGGAUCGAACUGAAUUCUCCAUGCAUUGUAACAGAUCAGAAGGAUUAUGCUGCAGGAAAGCUUGGCUGCGGCCCUCACGAAGGACUCUGGAACACAACCAACCAACAUUACCUGCUUCCUGACCUCCUACAACAGAGUCAGAUUUCCGGCUGUUCAGCAAACUGGCUGAAAACUGCUGGUCAGGAACUUCAGAACAACCCGCCUGCUAACAAGGCACUGAACACCGACAGUACCCCUUCCAAAAAUAGCUCCUCCUCUACAUCAUCUUUCACAUCGUUCAUUGAUCCAAGGCUUCUCCAGAUCUCACCACCUUCCAGUCCAGCUGGGCCUAACUGUGCUUCCCCGUCCAACGUGAAAAUGGAGCCCACCAGCCGGCAAAAUGCAAGAAAAGGUUCUGUGGUAAACGUGAAUCCUACAAAUAUCCGGCCGCAGAGUGACAGCCCUGAAAUCCGCAAAUAUAAAAAGAAGUUCAAUUCAGAGAUCUUGUGUUCUGCACUGUGGGGGGUGAAUUUACUGGUGGGGUCUGAAAACGGAUUGUGGCUUCUAGACCGCAGUGGACAAGGUCGUGUUUACUCCUUGAUAAGCAGAAGACGCUUUCAACAGAUGGAUGUGCUGGAAGGACUGAAUGUGCUAAUCACCAUCUCAGGCAAAAAGAAUAAGCUACGGGUAUAUUAUUUGUCUUGGUUGCGAAACAAGAUCUUGCGGAAUGACCCUGAUGUGGAGAAACGACAAGGCUGGGUGUCAGUGGGCGACUUAGAAGGCUGUAUACACUACAAAGUUGUGAAAUACGAGAGGAUCAAGUUUCUUGUGAUUGCUGUGAAGAAUUCAGUUGAAGUCUAUGCCUGGGCUCCCAAACCGUAUCAUAAGUUUAUGGCUUUUAAGUCUUUCACCUCACUUCCUCAAAAACCACUCUUGGUUGAUUUGACUGUGGAGAAUGGGCAGAGGCUGAAAGUUAUCUAUGGGUCAGCGGUUGGAUUUCAUGCUAUUGACGUGGACUCUGGCUCAGUGUAUGACCUAUAUUUGCCAACACAUAUCCAGGGAAACAUUCAUCCACAUGCUAUUAUCAUUCUCCGUAAUACCAGUGGGCUGGAACUUCUGCUCACUUAUGAAGAUGAAGGAGUCUACCUUGACAUUUAUGGACACUUCUCAAAAGAAAAUAUUUUGCAAUGGGGAGAAAUGCCCACAUCAGUAGCUUAUCUUCAGUCCAAUCAAGUUAUGGGCUGGGGUGAGAAAGCAAUUGAACUGCGUGCUGUGGAAACAGGAUGUCUGGAAGGCGUGUUCAUGCACAAGAAAGCUCAGAAGCUGAAAUUUCUCUGUGAAAGGAAUGAUAAGGUAUUUUUUGCAUCUGUUCAGUCUGGAGGCAGCAGCCAAAUUUACUUUAUGACGCUGGGCCAAAACAUACUAUUCAACUGGUAAAUCACAUUGGAAUGGAGUAACAUUUGACUUUCCCAGUUUAUAUGAGCCAUAUAAAAGCCUAAGUUCAUUUCAGAAGUUUGCCUGUUAUUCCUGGAACACAAAGGAAAAGAAAACCCCAUUAUCAUCACACUGUCCUUCAACUGUGGAUGCUACAACUCUUGCAAAUGUAUCGUUUGCUGUUUAAAAUUUGCCAUUCAGUAUCCUGGAGAGCUGUUUUCAAAACAAAAGGCAGUUGUGCAAAGCACAAUCAUACAAUUGAAGCCAAGCGCCCUGUCUUACAAAGUAUGCACAGAGCUAUUUUUUUGCACAAGGGUUGUAAUGUUAUUUUGUUAAAUGUUCAGGGGGAGGGUGUUUUGGUGAACAGUAUGCAUAGCUAGACAUAUUCAGGGCAAAUGUGUCUAACUAUGA